AUGGGUAGAUACGCCAGAAUCAAGUUGCAGACCAAUGUCGCCGUCACUUGGCUCAUCGAAACUGCUUCCGAGCACGGCAGCAAUGUGCAAGUCGGUGGCGAUACCAACUCCAGAGCUUCAGCCGCGGCGACGCCCACGAGCACUUCGAUCAAGACAGGCCGGUUGAAGGGAAAAGCGCGCAAAGAAGCAAAGAAGAAGGAGCAACUGCAAAGUCAAUCACCCGCGCCUAAGAUCAAGGCCUCGAAAACAAUCUACAAAGUGUCAACUGAGGAGAUUCUUCGCCAAGCCCGCUAUCUGGAGAACCUUGACCAGGAACUCGUCAUGUCUAAGCCUGCAUGGGACGCCUUCAAAGAAGCUGUGCGAGGCCGUACAGAGUACGCCACCAAAUUCGCUAACAAACAACCGGACCAUGAAGGUAACGCCGGUCACGUAUACUUUCUCGACACACUUCGACAGGUAGUCGACAUGAUUGGAAAGGUUGUUCGAGUCCAGGAAACCUCGCUGGAUAAUUCGGAAAGACGACAAGACACGGGUCUGACCUUGCAUAAUUUGUUUGGCGUCCUCCGGGACGUUGAGCUGACCGAUGAUGUACAAGGAACAGCCAACCUGGCUACAUCUCCCGACAAAGGUUUAGCUUACGGAACGGCUGCAACUGUACCAUCAGCUCGUUAUGAGCCGGCUAUCGACUCCGACGAGGAAUCACGGUUGCGUUGGCUCUGUUUCAAGGACGACGCUGAUUCAAUUAUAUCAUGGGUAGUCAACCUAUGGAAGCAGUACUUUGACCAUUCUGAGGAAGAUGUAAGCUUAGAGACUAAAUCUCUCCUAUCAGAUCUAGCACUCGAUCUGUUGUAUAAGAUCGAAGACGGCAUGGAGCAUAACAACGACAAAGUAAAGGAAGCCAUGUCCAAGGAGCUAGCCUCACUGAGCAACUGGAGUUCGACCGUCCUUGCCCUCCACGAUUUCCGCGCCGCUACAUAUGAAGGACUCCAUAAAUACAAGGAUUUCAUCUUGUUUGACGCCAGAUUUAUCCGCUAUCUUAUAGAGCUACAGCUAGAGAUGACACUCCGUUCUGAUCUUUGGGAGCAAAAUGGACCACCGCCCCCCCACCAACGAUGCAUCAGUAAUGCAAGCCUCGACCUCGUAUCCCGCACGAUCGCUGGUGCAACUCGUGGAAGCCAGCACUCCAUUGCGGCAAGCCUUCUAGACGGGAUAUGGGGUCUACACAGUCCGAACGCGCAUGAGCCUUUCCACUACGCCGCCCGGCUUGCGGAGGUCAUGUAUGAUCAGUCCAACCACUGUCGUUGCGAUGGUAUAUUGUAUCCGGAACGGGCGAAAGACAAAACUCUUGAGUUUAACGCCUUGCUCUCGUGGACCUUUGAGUGGCCUGGCGAAAUCUUGCGAUAUUUCGAUCUUCGAGCCAUUGACUCCAACCACCCUGCCGCAGCUCUCUCUGGAUUCCAUCGCGACAUCUGGAAACAUUUUGAUCUCAGUAUGGCCAGGAAAGAACACAUCAUCAAGGCAUGCGCAUCAAUUCCCGACCCCGCAGGGACGGCCGAGGCGCGUCUACAAUUUGGCGAGGAGCAUGUCAUGCCAUCAGAAGACCCAAACUUCCUGCGCAAGAACAAUCCGCUUACACCGGCAAAGCUAGCUCUCAAUUUGCAGUUUUUACGAGCUGAGAUUGGUUUCGAUUUCGCGAACGAUGAUCUUAGCUUGUUCCUCAUGUGCCACUUGUAUAACGCACUCCGGCAACUAGGCUAUCUUGACGUUCCAUGGGAAAAGCUCGACUCACUGAUCGACAUGCACAUCAAGACCAUAUUUCUUGGUGCACUUCCAACGGAAAGCGCCAAGCAAAUGUGCAACCGCGCUUCCAUCGCGGUUGGUUGCGCGCCAGAACUUGUUCGAGCUGCAAACACUGGGAAAGGCCGAGUGGCAACCAUCAAGAAUAUGGCGGUAUUGAAAGAGAAGAGAUUUGGGGCCUUAAGUUUCCCACCCAGCAUGGCUAUCGUUGCAGAUCAUCUACAUGAUCGUGAGCCUCUACGGCGCACAUUGACGCGUCUCGAUGCUGAGAUGGUCGCGAAACACUCUAAAGAGAACAGAAGCUCUCGCGUCAAAUCCUUCCUUGACGAAGAAAACCCUACCGCCUUUCUCGAUCGUCUUCGCAACCAUGUCGCAGACUUCCCACGGUACCUCGCGCUCGACUGUAUUGAGCUGACACGCAUUUGUGGCGGUCUUCUCAGGAGGUUGAAGUCGGAUGACGUGAAAAUACUCAUGAAGUACGGAGGAGUGGACGAAGUACACCAGCAAUAUGUCGCGUUGCUAAUCCUUCAAGAGCUUGACAAUGAAGAGUAUAUGACACGACCAGGUAUGACUGUACCGAAAGUUACGUAUGCAGUAGAAGCUGCGGCUAUACUGAAGGAGUACAUUGAAGGUGGCGAGGAUGCUCGAGCAGCGGUUAAAGACUACGUGCAGCGCUGGUAG